GCUAAGCAAAGUGUUGAGGAGAGUGUGUGAGAGGAGAGAUAACACUACAAAUUUACACCUGACACAUACACACAAACACUCUCUCUCUACUCUUUCUCUCUCUAAACUCAGUCCUCUUUAUCUUCUUUCUUCUUUUUGGGUUUUUCUUUCUGGGUUGAUUCUCUGAUUCAUUAAUUUCUGGGGGGUUUUUUCAUUUUUGGUUCCCCUUAAUUAAUUGAUAUGGAGUUCGAGGAUCAAGAGGAGCACGACGAAGAGAUGGAGAUGGCGGCGAGUUACGACUCGCUCGGAAACUCAGCGGGUGGCGUCCGGGUCAAAAUGUCGAGUUCUGGACCCGAGGGCGUGGCAGCAAUAACGGCGGCGGCGGCGGCGUCUCAGCAGCAGCAGCAGCAGCAACAACAGCAACAGCAGCAGAGGAAGGGCGCCUCGAGGUACAGAGAGUGCCUGAAGAACCACGCGGUCGGGAUUGGAGGCCACGCGCUCGACGGCUGCGGCGAGUUCAUGCCGGCCGGUGCCGAGGGCACGCUCGACGGGCUAAAAUGCGCAGCCUGCAACUGCCACCGCAACUUCCACCGCAAGGAGGGCGACUCGGGCGGGCUCGCGCUCAUGACCCCCGACCCGUACGGGCAGCUGGUGCCGCUCCACGGGCAGCACAACCACCCGCAGUUCUCGCCGUACUACCGGACGCCAGCAGGGUACCUCCACUUGGCGCCGCACCACAGGCCUCUGGCCCUGCCGUCGACUUCGGGAGGGGGCGGGACCCACAGCAGGGGGGAGGAGCAGGAGGACGACGUGUCGAAUCCUAGCGGAGGCGGCGGCGGCGGAGGGGAUUUGGGAAUGGGAGGGGGGUUACAUGGAACGGCGUCUUCCGGGAAGAAGAGGUUCAGGACGAAGUUUACGGCGGAGCAGAAGGAGAGGAUGUUGACUUUGGCGGAGACGCUGGGGUGGAGGAUUCAGAAGCAGGACGAGCCGGCGAUUCAGCAGUUCUGCAACGAGACUGGAGUGAAGCGUCACGUCCUCAAGGUUUGGAUGCAUAACAACAAGCACACUCUGGGGCCUUCAAAUGAUGAACCCAACCCGAGUUGAAAAGGGAUGAUGAUCUUUGGGACCUAGCUUUCAUAUUCUCUGGUCUGUUUCUUUCUGCUGCCAAGUUUUUGUCUUUGCUCUUUCUUGCAUUGCAAACACUGCUUUUACUUUUGCAGUCAUGAGUGCAGAAUAUAUAUAUAUAUAUAUAAAAUAUUAAUUGAUAUCCAUGAAUUUCUUUCUUUUUGAAAAAUUUAGAGUAUUUUAUGAGGUUGGUUACUUUGAUCCAUGUAAUCAUAUGAUGGAGCUUGUCUGGUGUAGAGGGUAGAACCCAGAUGUUUGAUAUCCCUGAUCUGAUGGGGUCACCUUGGGAAGGAAAACAAAGACCUCAAAGUUAUUCAAUUAUUUGAUUUUGUUGUUAAAUAAUAAUAAUAAUUAUUAUUAUUAUUAUACUAUUCAUUUUUCUACUGUUUUGUUUUCUCUUGGGAAAGAAGAUAUAUUAUCAGCUAGAGAAACAGUAGUUUUUGUUUUCAUGGAAACUCAAGUCCAAAAUGUGGGUUCAGUCCAUGUUGGAGAGAAAGUUGAUAGAUCCAAAGCUUGGUCUCUAUCUAUCUGCAGAUAUAUAUAUUUCGUUUUAUUAAUUUC